GGGAUCUGACAGCUGUCAACAAGUUCCGGGUAAGGCGUAAGAUGACCUCAGACCGUCGACCAAAGAUAAACAACACUGGUCCUGGAGAAGUUAGCGGCGGUUCAAGAGCUUCAGCGAAUUCAAAAUGGGCAUGAAAACGGAGGACUUCGAGGGUUUAUGGCUUUGAUUACAAGAAAGAGGCAUUUUAUCACAGUAUGUUUUCAUUUCGCUCUAAAAUAAAUUACAAAGCUAGUUAGCAUUAGCUUUUUGGGCAAGUUAAUGGUGCUCAUGCUACCUUGCUAACUAGCUUACCCCUACUUCCUAUUUUCACCAUUCAGCGACUGCCCGGUGAAACUGUUUCUACAUAAUUGCUUGUCGCCAGAGUGACCAAUAUCUUUCCGUCUGUCGUGAAGUGGCAGUCAUGAACAUAAAAAUAUUAUCGCGAUGUUUAUUUGUAGUCUGCGCGCUGAUGUGGGCCCUUUGGCAGCACUGGGCUGUCAGGUUGUGAGGACGGUGUACUACCCCUGUCUAUAAAUAGAGAUUACGAGAACAGCUAAAAGUAAACCAGCUAAGUGUUUAAUAUAACGCUCUAAAUGGCUCAAAAGAACUAUCAAGUUGUGUGGUGAGUUGGCUUUUUAAUGUACUGUUUGCUGCUAAGGGUGUCCCGAGGUAACAUCACCUCUGUCCACUUAUUUCCCCGCAUCUGAACCUACAGGCGGGGGCUGUGAUGAUAGCCAGCUUCACCUCCGACGCCAUGGGGGGUGUAGUAUAAAUACAGUGAGUAAGAUUGUCAGGUUAUGAACAAGCAGACAAUUUUAUACAUGAUGCACGACUGAGCAGGAGCUAAGUGGAUCAAAUGUGCUUCAGAUAAGUACUUCAUGUACACAGAUGUAGGGUUAAAAGAUUCCCUGAUUGUACAGGGCGGCUGAAAGUUUAGAGAAAACUGACUGUCUGAGCUGAUGACAAGGACUGCCCACUCCACACCGAUGAAACUCUCACUUCCUAAAAAAGUCAUUUUGCAGACUCUGAUUUGAAAGGCAUGUGUUUUAUCUCAGCUCUGUCACUUGAUUCUUUCAUUCCUGAAUACUUUUGUGCGCUUAAGUAUGUGUGACACUGCUUUAAACUGACAGAGUAUGGUGUCUGACAGGUUAAGAUCAACCUUCAACAUAUUUUACUUCUGUGUUGUACAAUGCUAUCCACAGGCUGUUUUUUUUUUUUUUUCAGAAAAUGUUAUUUGCUUUAAGUAACUAUAAAGCUUCUUUUUUUACUUAAAUUAAUCAAAGCAUAUUUUGUUAUGGGGUUCAGUAGUAGCAACAAGAAUAAAGAAGUAGCUACUGGAGAUCAUAUUUGACAUUAUCUGUACCAGCGUUGGAUUUUAGUGAUUGCUGAAAAAGCAUUUCACUUUUAAAGUGUGCUACUUUGACCACAUCCUCCGUGUCUGUUUUCAGCCACCAUUCUGUAACAAGUAAUGUCCUGCCCUCAACACUUUCCGAGUUAGUUAGAUCCUCAAUUCUUAAUUUUGACAGUGAGAUUUACAUUUUUUUACUCUACAUGGAUAUUGGUUCCAAGUUCAAGAUUUUAGCCACAAACCAGUUAUAAUCUAUUAGUCAUAAUCUUUGUCAGCCCUGAAAAUCCAACAUCAUUGACCCCCAAUUUCUAACAUACUUAAAGUGGUAAUGAUGAGGCAUGACUUAUAUAGCAGUGUUGUUUUCGUUGACGAAAAUAUUUCAUCAACGCCCCUUUUUUUCCCACGACAAAGACGAAGACGUUGACGAGCUAAACAUAAGUCUUAGAUGACUAAAAUGUGACGAGACGAAUGUGCGUUUAUGUUGAUAAGACAAUACUAGACGUAAAUGUUAGUGGUGGACGACGAACAGAGUUGCAAAAUUCAUGAGCAUUUCGUCAGUCAAAUGCAAAACAUAUAUUCUGCAGUGUUGUUUUUGUUGACGAAGACGUGGACGAAAUAUUUUCGUCUACGUCAACGAAAACAACACUGUACAGUAGCUCAAUAGUGUAAUAAUGUAAAGCAUCAUAUAUUUUAGUAUAACAGUAUUAUUUAUCAAAAGUGCGUUUUUGUUCUUUGAUUCUUUUUUUUUCCAGCUCCAUCACUAGAUCUUGAUACCUGUCUCCAGCCAUGUCGUCACGCGUGUUACUGCGCCAGCAGCUGAUGCGGGAGCAAGCCCAGGAGCAGGAGAGACGUGAGGCCCAGCAGCAGGCCUCUGCCUCUCAGCUUCGAGCUUCUGAUUCCACUCCAGCCAUCUCUGUCACACUGCCCCCCAAUGCUGCCCGCCCCCCACCAGCACAGGUCCCUGUGGAGGUGCUGAAAGUAAGAGGAUCUUUUGUUUGUAUUUUUUACUCAGUGAAGUUGGAGUGUGAUACUGUGUUAGCUCUAAAUAAUUCGUUUAAAUGAUCAGGUGCAGACCCACUUGGAAAACCCCACCAAGUACCACAUUCAGCAAGCACAGAGGCAGCAGGUGAAGCAGUACCUCUCAACCACUUUGGGGAACAUAGCAGUUACACAGACCAUGGGUGUGUCCCCGGUGCCACAGUCCAGUUCUGCCCCAGAAGCUCUUCCGACUGCCAGCAGCGCCCCAAACAGUCCUAUGGCUCUGCUUAACAUUGGAUCCAACAAAGAGGAAGUAUGACAGAUUACUGCUUUGAAUUGACUUCUCUAACUUUUUGUGUGUGGUUUUGAUUUGCUGGUACAGCAGAUUGCACAACCACGUCAAUAGUUGCCUUUCCGCAUACUUCCAGUGCAUUUUUGGAGAACUUAGAUGUCUGACCUCUUGCUUACUCCUGGCUUAAUUGCUUUUUGUUUGCUAAGCAAUGAUGUACCCAAAGAUCCCACUGUGAUGAUGAUGCAUGCCUUUGUUAUCAUACCCUUGUUGGCCUGUUGUCACAAUUAGAUGUUAAAUACUGCACCCCUAGUUUAACCAUGCUGGCUCUUCUUCUGCACACUUCUCUCUCUCUCUUUGAAAUGAAAUCCCUUUGGAACUGUUAUUUAAAUGUAUAGUAGUGACUUUUGGUCUUCAAGUGAGUAUACUCAACUGUUUUCUGAUAGUAAAAGUAAAGGCUUGAACAUUUAACCCCAAAUCUUAACUGACCCUUUUUUUUCUCCUAUCCUCUGCUUUAUCUAGAUUGAUGAUGUGAUUGAUGACAUCAUAAGUCUUGAAUCCAGUUUUAAUGACGACAUCAUUACCUUGAUUGACUCAGGUCUUCAGCUGCCGAGCACGGUAUGAAAAUCUGUGAAUUUUUCUAACCACAUGUAUAAAAUUUAAGAAAUGUAUUCUUCACUAGUCCAUUCGUUCUCUGGGCUCUCAGGAUAGCAAAACGGAGUUCAGAACAUUUUUUCAGAACACCAUAAUAGUUUUCAACAUUAAGCAGUUCUUCUGUGAAUGGAUGGUUCCUCCAAGUGAGGAAUUCCUGAGACGUCGUAGUAAAUAUACACUUUUGUCACUUGGUUACUAUUCGUCACAAAAGUGCUGCCUGGGCGGAGCAAAACUUUUAGUGGAUGCAGGACAGGGAGUAGUGAAACAAAGAGCAGAGAGCACUCAUAUAAACUCUCAUUGUAGCUUCUAGGUUAACAACUAAGCUGUUAGAUAGAUAGAUAGCCAACAUUUUUCAGCCUAUGAAAAAAAUGAGGAUUAUGGUGAUGCUGUUGGAGGAAAAGAAAAAGAAGCACAGUGAGGUAAAUGCUGUUUAUUGAGUUUUUAAGCUUAUGAACUUUAUAACAGUUUGACAGGAUUUUUAUUAUACAGUAUUUUUAUUCUAUUAAAUAAGAUUUGUUAUUAGAAAUCACUUUGCAAUGUCAUUUUGCUAUCAUUGAUUUGCACUGUGCCUCAUUUAGUAUAAUUCAUAGUCUUGUACAUGUUGGACUGCUUUGUUUUUUUAACUUUCCCCAAAGAGAGGGAGAAGAAAUGAUUUUGACUUGUAAGAUGUGCUUUUAUUGGUGUUAUUCUGUAGCUCCCAGGAAAUCUGUUGGAUGUAUACCACAGCCCUGGAAUGGCAGCACCCACUCUCACUGUAAGCAACUCCUGCCCUGCUGAUCUGCCCAAAAUUAAAAGGGAAAUUACCGGUAAGUUAAACUUUCUCAAGGAACAUAGAUUUUUAUGUGUUUUAGCUUCUUUUGGGUGUUUGAUAAGUUUUGUUGCACUGAACCAUGACUUUUUCUGUCAGAUGCAGAUGCCAAAGCAUUUAUGAAAGAAAGGCAGAAGAAAGACAACCACAAUCUCAGUAAGUUUGGCUUCAGUUCAGCUUCAUUUAAUUUUGUUUACACUGUCUUCUGCAUCAGUGUUAACAGUUUCCAUACUUAAAAUCACAUUAAUUUACUGAGAUAUUGAUGAUAGUGCUGUUUUAGAGGAUAGAUUAAAGUGUUUGCCUAACCAUAGUCUUUGCUGUUGCAUGUCCACAGUUGAGAGGAGGAGAAGAUUCAACAUUAACGACCGUAUAAAGGAGCUGGGCACCCUGAUACCCAAAUCAAGUGACCCGUAAGUGCAGUCUGUGGUUUCUAGAUGCUUAUUGGUCCUUCUGCCAGAACUGCAUGUAUCUGUAAAUACUUGGCUUUUAAUUCUCAUCUCUGUUACAGCUGUUGUCUGGUUUAACAUGAAUCCUUUUGUAUUCUCUCUUCUUUCUCUGAUUUUUACAUUGAUGACAGUGAGAUGCGCUGGAAUAAAGGCACCAUUCUGAAAGCUUCCGUCGACUACAUCAGGAAGCUACAGAAAGAACAGCUCAGAGCCAAAGAUAUCGAGAUGCGGCAGAAAAAGCUGGAGCAGGCAAACCACGGUCUACUUUUACGCAUCCAGGUUAGUACAUGUCUGUCAGCCCCGUAAAUGGAUGGCAUCUACGUGACCCAGAGUGCACACUUUUGUGCUUCAUAGUAAGACUCUUGGGCAGAGGCCGUAAACAUUUCUGCCGAGCAUGGAGAUAAUGUAGCAAAUUUGUCAAAGGAAUAUUUGUUAAACUGUCUUGGUCUGUGUUUAUGGCUUACAUUGGCGUGCAGCUUAGACAAGUGAAGUUUUUUUAAUUUGAAAAAAAAAAAAAAACAGCUACAGAGUGGAUUUCUUAAAAAUUUGGUUGUGUUGUGUAAAAAUGCACACUAGCUCAAAAGUUUGCUAUAUGAAGGUUUUAAUCAGGAAGUCGACUAUUGUCUAAUAAGACCUGGUUCCCCUUCACUGUCUCUAAAGAUCACUCAAAUUUCUGUUUUAGCACCCUUUACUCAUCUGACCUAGCAAAGAUAGACUUUUUAAGGUAAAGUUUUGUGAGGCUAUUUUCUUCACUGACUCUGUGUUGUUGAAUUAUAAUUUUGUCCAAUUCAUCUGAGGGUUAAUGCACCUCUCUGCUUAUAGGAGCUGGAAAUGCAGGCACAAAUCCAUGGCCUCUCAACACCAAACAGUGUCCCCUCUGGUCUUGGCUCUGAUCCCUCCUUGCUCCAUCAGCGGGUCCAGCAGGGCACUCAGUCUCUGCCUUCAAGCUCAGGAGGAGCCUCCUCCCAGAAUCUCCUUGGUAUUGGCGUGGCAGCCAUCGGACAGCCUCUGCCAGCCUCCUUCUUGUCCCCGCCCUCCUCAGACUCUCCUGCGGGAGUCACCAUCAGUAGCCCCCUGGACUUGGGCAGUCUGAGCUUUGCUGAGCUCGAUGACAGCUCAGCCUCAGCGCUUUACCCUGACGUAGGCUUGGGAGACAUUCUUAUGGAUGACGGGUGCACCCUGUCUCCCGAUAGGGUGGUCGACCCACUAUUUUCUCCUUUGUCACCUGGUGCCUCUAAAACUAGCAGCCGCAGGAGCAGCCUUGAAAUGGAUGAGGACUUGUGAUAAGCUCUGUGUAGCUAUCAGAGACUUUUUUGAGGAACAAGAAUGUCAACAAGUGAGGUCUAUCCUUUAAUAACAUGAGGCUAUUUGUAGGACUAUAGAAUUUAAUUUAGAGAACCAAACAUAGCUAACAAUAAGAUCAUGACUAACAAAUAUUUUCACCAUGUAGACUGAAUUAUUGUUCCUGUGCGGAGAGGGUCAGAUGACUAUAUCUGGGUUAGGAGAUGCAAUCUUAUUAAUAGAAUGGAAUAUUGUAAACUAGGGGCAUGGCAUUGAGAAAUGCAUUCAUAAAUACUUUUUAAGAUUUUCUUCAGAGAUCUAAGAGGGAUAAAGAAUUUAUUUGAAUCUAUUAUGCGCUUAACUGUUAAAAAGAAAGCUGCAAGGGUUUUUCUCACAACAUUGGCAUACAGCAUACGAACUCAUCAUGAGAUGCCAACACAGUAUAUUUUGUUUUUACUCUUUUUUUGUUUGUUUGUUUUUCUAAACUGACUGGAAUCAGGGUUUAUUCGCAGCAUUCAUAUGCUCAUCCAUAUGUUGGGUUGUUUCACCAGCAGCUACAGAAGGGAUCUUUGUACAGUGAAUCAGCACAUAGUGAAAUAUUUUCUGCAUAUUGUACAUAAGAAUGUUUUAUUUUGAGCAAUUCUAUUGCACCUUAUUUUAUGGCAGUCUAUGCAUUUUAUGAGAGCUUUCAUCUGUUUUUAUUACUAUUACACACAGUGGAUGCCUAGGUUGCAUGUAUUUGUAAUAACCCUUAAAAGCAGUGGGAAAUCACUUGCUGCUGCAGCUAGUUAGCCAAAGCAGGUCUUCUUCCAGAGUAGCUACAAAUUACAAAUCAGCAUAUUAUUUUUUGAUAUAUUAACUCAUACAAUGAAAGUACAAGGCUGUUUGACAGAUGCAGAACAAAUUUUCCUUUUCAGCAGUACUGUUGUUCAUGAUAUUUUUUACAUCCAAAUAAUAGUUAAAUAAGUAGUUUUUUCAGACUAAAAUGUGUUAUUAUUAUUUGUUUGUCGCUGUUAUUCUUGGUGAUCACUGAGUAAUGUUACCGGUUAGCAUGUUCAACCAAGACUUUUUUUUUUUUUUAAUCAAAAGUAAUAUAUCUAAUAACCAUUUUUUGCUCAUUGUAUGAACUCAGAGGGCCUUUGCCUUCUUUUCAACCAACCACUAGCCUCACCUCUGUAGUGAUAAGGUAUAACUGUUUUUUUUUGUGUAUGAAACCUCCAAUGCAUUAUUAGCCACAAACUCUACAAUGGCAUUCAGUUUAUCAAAUGCAACAAACAUCGUUAUGUACAGUAAAUGAAUGUGUUGUUUUUAAUUCACACUGGCGCACUGUUUAUUUUAUUUUUUGGGAAGAACCUCAGAGUAAUUAAACGUUGAACUAUUCUUUAAACUGUGAUGAACCUCAAAGCAAAAUUAGUUGAGGCUGCCAGAACCAUGUGUUUUUAUAUAGAGUGAUUUUAAGGUGUCCGAAUCUGCUUGCUCAGAACUGCCCUACAUUGUUUUAAACUGAGAGCAGCUUUACUCCACAGCUUAGAUCUGCUCAACUUUUUCCACUUAAAGUCAACAUUGAAAAUGUCUUAUCUGACAUUUAUUGGAGUGCUAGCCUUGACUGUUAAACAUAAACAGGUAGCAUUUGUGUCUUGUCUCUUUGAGUCUUUGAGGCUUUUGGACAAUUUUAACAAAUAAAUGAUUCCCAGUGAUUCUCGUCUGGGUGUGUUUCUUUACUAGCAGUCUGAAUCAGUGGUAAAGCAUCUGAGAAAUUUCCAUAGCGAGGUCCAGGCACUCUGUAGCCUGAAGGCAG